AUGUAUGGGAAGUGUGAGAGCCCAGUGGAAGCUCAAAAGGUCUUCAACUCCAUGACGGCUAGGAACCUGAUCUCCUGGACUUCAAUGAUCAAGGCUUACGCUCAGCAUGGGAAUCCACAGGAGACUCUCAACCUUUUAAAGAGGAUGGACGUGGAGCUGAGUGGUGUGAGCUUCUCUAGUGCUCUCAAUGCCUUGGCACUGCUGGGAGCUUUGGACGAAGGCCGAGAGAUUCAUCACCGAGUUGUGGAAGCCAAUCUCGUAUCCCCGCAGAUGGAGACUUCCUUGCUCAGCAUGUACGCGAGGUGUGGAAGCCUGGACGACGCGAGGCGCGUGUUUAACAGGAUGAAGACGAGAGACGCCUUCUCUUGCAAUGCGAUGAUCGCCGCCUUCACACAGCACGGUCGUAAGAAACAGGCACACUCAGGAUUUACAGGAAGAUGGAGCAGGAAGUCUUUGGUGAUGGACCACGGGGUGGUACCAUUGGUGGAGCACUACCUUUGCAUGGUGGACGUUCUGGGCCGCUCGGGAAGACUGGGAGAUGCUGAAGAGCUGGUGGAAACUAUGCCAUAUCAAGCAGACUCAGUGGCCUGGAUGACUUUACUGUUGGGUUGCAAGCGCCACGGUGACUUGGAUCGUGGCGAGAGAGCCGCCAGGAAAGUUUUCGAGCUAGCACCGGCAGAGACUCUCCCUUACGUCUUCCUCUCCAACAUGUACGCCGCUGCCAAGUGA